CUUACUUCCAUCUACUCAUCCCACGCGCUCCGAACAAUCUCCUUCAUUCCUUUUUUUUAAUAACCAACAAUGAUUCACAUCCCAUAUGUCGCUGGAGGAGCUGUCCUCCUAGGUGGUCUUUAUAACCAGCUUUCUGGAACCCUUGUCUACGGUCCUCUCUUCGGGAAAGUCUGGGUUGAUGCCAUGAACAAGGAUAAGGGUAGCCCAGGCUGGAGGGACGUGAACUCCAAGGACGGCACGCCAAUCCUAAUGCUCAAGGAGUUCGUCAUGAACUUGAGUAAGUCGUGGUUCACUGGGCUGCUUCUUAAUCUGACGCAGGCUCGUACCAUGUCCCAGGCUGCCCAGCUUGGCGCCUUCUUGUACUUUGGCGUUCUGGCUCCGACUAUUAUCUCGGAGACCGUGUGGGAGAAGCGACCUAAUGAUCUGCAAAAGUUCAAGCUGCUCUCUGGAUUUAGCAGCACCGUGCUGCUGGCCUGUGUAAUGCACUGGUGGGGUACCGCAUAAGUGGAUCUUGUCCUAUCCGCAUCCAUAGUUCAAAUAUGAAUCUCGAGUUGCGCAUGAAUUUGCCCGUAUCCCAAAAACCCUUAGGAAAACCUAUGCUGCUCUUCGGCAAAGGUUGUUAGCGGUAUAAGUUUUGUUUGCCAUUCAAAGGUUGCAGCACAUGCGUUGUAAAUAGCAAUAAUGACGAUAAUAAACCAGAAUUGUACAUUUGUUGCUUUCAAAGCAGCGCUAUUGCACGUAUAACAAUCACGACAGGCAUUUCUCGUUCAGCUAUCACCGAAUUAGGUUUGCGAUGAUCACGGCAUAUUUUAUCUCAAAGGUAAUGGAAAUGAAA